AAAGGCGGCGGCAGCAGCAGCUGCUGGGCUGAGGGGGGACUCUGGAAGCUUGCACUUUGCAGGGGGAGGAUUGCUCAGGACCCCAUCAGAUCGCUCAGAAAACAAACUGAGACGCCUUAAUUAAGCCCAAUCUCCAUUUUUUUUACUGCAAUUUCACCUUAGGAUUGGAAGAAAGAAAAAGAAAAGAAAAGAAAAAACAUAACAUGGAGACGCCAUCUGAAGGCAGCAGCGAGGAGUCCAUGACUGCCGUCAAGCAGGUCCGCAAGCAGCUAGAAUCCCGUGUGGAGACCUUACACAACGCUCAGCUACACCUCAUCGCCUCUCUCCAAACCCUAGUCCCCGACCUCGUCUCCUCUCUCGACCUCUCUCUCAAAGCUAUCUCUUCCUUCAACUCCCGCCCCUUUUCUCCCCUUCCCAACCCCCUUCCCAACCCUAACGCUAACGCUAACAACCUCAACCUUCCCAAAUUGCCCCCUCGCAUUCCACCUCUCUCUCAGGCUCCCAACUCCGACUCCGACAAGUUUCUCAUCGACGAUGCCGGUGGGCCCCUCUCCCUCGUCAGGUCCAUGGUCGCUGUUUGCUUGCUCGAGAGGGUGCCCUUUACCCCGAUUGAUUCCUCUACGGUUUUGAGGAAGCUCGAGAAUGAUCAGUCUGCCACGCCCGCUGAGCGGGCCGCACUCAGGGACCUCGGAGGCGAGUCCGGGGCCAUUUUGGCUGUGGAGAUGGCCUUGCGCUCCAUGGUCGAGGAGAAUGGGGGAGUUGUGGACCUGGAGGAGUUUGUGGUCAGUGGCAAGUCUAGGGUUAUGGUGAUGAAUAUUGAUAGGACUCGCCUGUUGAAAGAGUUGCCGGAGAGUAAGCAGCAGAGCGAUUCAAAUUCCGACCAGAAAAGUCGAGGUCUUGAGGGUCCCAGGAAUGGGGGUGAUUUUGUCAGUAGUAGUGGUGGAGGUUUUGGAAUGGGGAGGCCAAUGCCGGAUAUGUGGAUGGGAGGGCCGGGAAUGCCACCCGUGUUUCCUCCCGGAGGAGGAGUGGGGCCGAGGGGUGGUGGUCCGAGAGGGAUGGCUGGGAUUAUGGGGGUCCCUAGAGGUGUUGGCGUGCCGCCUCCUAUGCAGAGACCUCCCAUGGGGUCGAAUGGACCUAUGGGCGGCCCGGGUGCCAUUGCUCUGAAGCCAAGGACCGAGGAGGAUGAUAUGAAGGAUCUUGAGGCUUUGUUGAAUAAGAAGAGCUUUAGGGAAAUGCAGAAGUCUAAAACCGGAGAGGAGCUUUUGGACCUCAUUCACAGGCCCACUGCUAGGGAAACUGCUGUGGCUGCAAAGUUCAAAAGCAAAGGUGGUUCCCAAGUAAAGGAGUACUGCUCAGCGUUGACAAAGGAAGAUUGCCGACGGCAAUCUGGUUCUUAUAUUGCUUGUGAAAAGGUUCAUUUUCGGAGGAUAAUUGCUCCGCAUACUGAUGUUAACUUGGGUGACUGCUCUUUUCUUGAUACUUGUCGUCACAUGAAGACUUGCAAAUACGUGCAUUAUGAGCUUGACUCAACACCAGAUAUGUCACCAAUGGGACCAGGGGCAUUACCUCCUGCCAAAUCAUUGAAGCCUCAACGGGCUGACUAUUGUUCAGAAGUAGAGCUUGGUGAAGCACAAUGGAUCAAUUGUGACAUACGCUCAUUUAGAAUGGAUAUUCUAGGUCAAUUUGGAGUUAUCAUGGCUGAUCCACCAUGGGACAUUCAUAUGGAAUUGCCCUAUGGGACAAUGGCUGAUGAUGAAAUGCGUACCCUCAAUGUUCCUGCUCUGCAGACUGAUGGUCUGAUUUUUCUGUGGGUAACUGGACGUGCAAUGGAGCUAGGGCGUGAGUGUUUGGAACUCUGGGGGUACAAGCGUGUUGAGGAGAUUAUCUGGGUGAAGACGAAUCAACUUCAGCGGAUUAUCAGAACAGGCCGGACAGGCCAUUGGCUGAAUCACAGUAAGGAGCACUGCCUUGUUGGGAUAAAAGGCAAUCCAGAAGUAAAUCGAAACAUUGACACUGAUGUCAUUGUUGCGGAGGUCCGAGAGACAAGUCGGAAGCCAGAUGAGAUGUAUCCCAUGCUGGAGAGGAUAAUGCCAAGGGCAAGAAAGCUGGAGUUAUUUGCUCGAAUGCAUAAUUGUCAUGCAGGGUGGAUGGCACUGGGUAACCAGUUGAAUGGUGUACGGCUUGUUGAUGACGGCCUUCGAGCGAGGUUCAAGGCCGCUUACCCAGAUGUGGAGGUGCAGCCCGCAUCACCCCCAAGGGCAUCAUCAUCUGCCAUGGAUGUGGACUUGAAUGCUGCUCAGGUAAGGAAUCCGUUUGCGGCAGGUGAAUUGAAAACCUCAGGAACUCCAUAUGUGGAGGCCACUGCUCCUGGCCUUGCUCACGUGUCUCAAGAGAAGCCUACAAGUCCUGAUGUGGGGUUGACCAGCUAAUACCUUGAGUCGUGUGUAGUGUAACUUGGUAAACUAUGGAAUUGUUAAGUUAUUAGUAUCAUAUAGGUGAGGUCGUGCGGCAGUUAACCAUUGAGGUGGUUAGUGGGCUUCAUGCCAAUUUCCCACUUUCAAGCCUAGGACCAGAAAACCGUCGCCUUCAUGUAAUACAUAGUUUGGAGAAAAAGAAUGAAGAGGUUUAACUUUCUAGAUGUGAUAGAAGGAAAAGAAAUGUCAAUGUUUAUUUAUAAUUCCUCAGCCUGUGUGUGGCGUGAAAUUGUUUGUCUCUGACUCCAUGACUAGACCUCACCAUUGCUAUGAGAACGCCUUCAGUAUAGCUUGACCUGA